AUGAUAGGCGUUGGUUGUAUCUACAGCUAUCAAUGCACCCCUUACACGACCCAAACGGUGCAAUGUUUGAAUGGAUGUUGCUGCACAUCUCCCUUCUACACGCAGCAGCCGCCGAUUGGGGUUCAGGGCUUUUGCUAUAACGGACAACGCGCGACUGGAAGGUGUUCAACGAGUUCAGGAUGUUCGGUGGGGCAGACUUGUAUGAAUGGGUUGUGCUGUCGGACGACUGGAUUGGAAUAUCAGUACGCUUGUGGCGGUCAAGCGGCCCUCGCAUCAUGCGUCUCCUCCCAAUGUGGCCAGUUCAUCUGCACGUCUUCAAACUAUUGCUGUGAAUGCCAAUAUGGACAGACGGCUGGCACCUGCGCAAAUGGAUGCGCGGUUGAUGUGAAUUCUCGCGUCGAUUGCUAUCCCGAGCCCGGGGCUUCGGAAUCGUCCUGCAAGCAGCGAGGCUGUAAUUGGGAUCCGGCUCCGGCGGGCUCACCGAUCGGCACUCCGUAUUGCUACUUCCCGCCAACCACGGGCUACAACGUCGUUAGUAACGAUGGGAAUGGAAAUAUUCAGCUUGCCAAAAAUGACGGUCCCAAGAACCCGUUUGGCGACGACAUCUCCCCGAUAUCGCUGAAAAUGUCCAAACUUGGUAAUGCCAUCCAAUUAUCCAUCGGCACUGAUGGCAGGUAUACCCCGCAGUUAAAUUUGCCAAAGCAACCCCCAGCCAACCAGGCCGAGCAGCUCAAUUUUCAGGUGACAUCCAACGCCACUUUUGCAUUUACCGUAACGCGUCAAUCGACGGGGAGAGCGCUUUGGGAUACGUCGAUCGGCGGCCUCCUCUUUGCCGACAAAUACAUCCAAAUUGCCGCUCUACUGCCAUCGGAUCGAAUUUUCGGUUUUGGGGAGCACGUGCACAAGAAGAUGAAGCACGACAUGACUCGAUACACAACAUGGCCAAUGCUGGCGCGUGACAUUGGCCCCGACAGUGGAUCCGUGCUUUCAACGCAAAAUCUCUACGGGACUCAACCGUUCUAUCUUUGCGUCGAACCCGACGGGAAAAGCCACGGUGUGCUGAUCAUCAACAGCAAUGCACAGGAGGCCACCCUUGGCCCAGCCCCCCACCUCAUCUACCGUACCAUUGGCGGCCAAUUGGACAUUGUCUUCUUCCCGGGACCCAAACCCGAAGAUGUCGUUCAAGGCUUUCUCGCCUACAUCGGCCGUCCGUUCCUGCCUGCCUAUUGGGCCCUCGGGUAUCAGUUGUGCCGCUGGGGCUACGCGGAUUUGGACGAGAUGAAGGCGGUCAUUGCCAGAAAUCAGGCCGCCGGCAUUCCGCUUGACGUACCGUAUGCCGACAUUGACUAUAUGAGCCAUUAUGAGGAUUUUACCGAGGGAGAUAAGUGGGCCGGGUUCCCGGACUACGCGAAGCAACUCCAUACGCAGGGCCUGCAUCUGAUCCUGAUCUUCGACCCGGCCAUCGAGGUCGACUACGAUUCUUUCCAAAGAGCCAGACAACAGAAUGCCUCCUUCAUCGAGUGGCCGAGAUUUGAGCUUGUUCCACACCAGGUCCAGGACCAAUACCCCAUGGCCAAGGAUACGAAGAUUAUGCUGGGAAAUGUAUGGCCCGAACGUAACACGGCCUUCCCCGACUUCCUUGACCCAGCCAACAUCACCAACAACUGGUGGACCGCCGAAUUUGCCCGCUUUCACAAUACCCUGGGCUUCGACGGCAUCUGGAUCGACAUGAACGAGCCGUCAAACUUUGACACGAACGUCUAUUCUUCAAAUCGUAUUGAUGGCGAGGCACCGACGGGGGAUAAGCUCGCUUGUCCCAUAUCCGGAGCCGACGGAAAGCUGGAUAACCCACCCUACCCAACGCAGGCAGUAUAUUUACAUAUGGGCGAGUACUUGUGCUCGAAAACGUUAUGUAUGAAUGGGAAGACGACGAGGGGUACGCAAGACUUCUACAAUACGAAGAACCUCUACGGGUGGUCCGAGGCUCGUGCCACGUCAGCAGCUCUUUCUGCAGCCACCGGAAAGCGUGGAGCCGUCAUCUCACGCUCAACGUUCAUCUCUUCCGGUCGUUAUGCUGGCCAUUGGCUCGGGGAUAACACUGCCAGAUGGGAGGAUCUGCAGACGUCAGUUAUUGGUGCGAUGGAGUUCAACCUGUUCGGCAUCCCCUACGUCGGAUCGGAUAUUUGCGGGUUUAACGGAAAAACGACAGAAGAGCUCUGCCUCCGCUGGCAUCAAAUGGGAGCUUUCCACUCGUUCUCCAGGAAUCACAACACGCAGGGAGACCCGGCACAAGAUCCAGCCGUCUGGCCCUCCGUCGCGUUGGCGGCCAAGAUUGCGCUAAUGUUCCGCUAUCAAUACCUACCGUAUCUGUACAGCCUCCACUACCGCGCCUCCCUAUUCGGCGCGACCGUCAUCCGGCCACUCUUCUUCGAAUUUCCCACCGAUUCCGAGACGUUCACCAUCGACCGUCAAUUCUUGUGGGGGUCGGCGUUGAUGAUUGCCCCGGCGCUGGAUCCGGGCGUCACAACCGUCCGCGCCUAUUUCCCCUCGGAUCGUUGGUAUUCACUCCAGAAUGAGACAUAUGGACAGCAGAUGCCCGUCGGCUUCAACACCGUCCCAGCCCUCACCACGGCACUGACGCCCGUUUUUGUGAGGGGCGGCUACAUCCUCCCCCGCCAAGGCCCCGCCACAACCACCACUGCCGCCCGGAAGAACCCGUUCGAGAUCCUGAUCACUGUCGCCGGAAAUGGCGGUUCAACCGGCGAACUCUAUUAUGAUGACGGUGAAUCGUUGUCCGACGACAUCUUGAGCAAUCCCCAUUUCUACUUCAACUUUUCGUAUGCGGCCACCGACGGUCAAGCGACAGUGAAUAUUGGGUGUAGCAGUCCGAUGGAGCUAACCCUUCCCACCCUUGACGUCAUCGAAAUCUUUGGCUACGCGUACACGCCCGACUACACGAGUUUCUACUGGAACGGCAACAAGCUGAACGUGAACGUGCAGACGUCGUCGUACAACGCGCUGCGCCGAAUUUUGACUCUGCGCACGGUGGGGCUGAUCGAUCUGAAUGUCGCCGCGCAACGCACCAACAACGUCCUCACGUGGACACAUAAGAAGAAU